CCAUCACGAACCGCUCCUUCCGCCGUUUCGUCAAGCUCGCGCGGUCGCGAACCUCCCCCAAAAUCCCCAGAACCCUAGCAGAGCUCUAGCCCCCACCCCACUCGCGAUGGCGUCGGAGAGCGAGACGACGGCGGUGUCCACCAUAACGAGCGCGACGGUCGACGACGGUGGCGCGCACGAGAGCAAGCGGGAGCUCGGCAGUGGCGCGGCCAGCACCACUAGCGUUGGCCAGGAGGAGGAGGACAUGAUAGGGCCGGGCCCGGCGCCGGCGAAGCAGCGGCAGAAGCGCCCGCUCCAGUUCGAGCAGGCCUUCCUCGACGCCCUCCCCUCCGCCGCCAUGUACGAGAAGAGCUAUAUGCAUCGGGACGUCGUCACCCACGUCGCCGUCUCUCCGGCCGACUUCUUCAUCACUGGAAGCGCAGAUGGGCACCUCAAGUUUUGGAAGAAGAAACCUGUUGGGAUUGAAUUUGCUAAACAUUUUCGGUCUCAUCUCAGUCCCAUCGAAGGCCUAGCUGUGAGCGUUGAUGGAUUGCUUUGCUGCACGAUAUCCAGCGAUCAUUCUGUGAAGAUAUAUGAUGUUGUAAACUAUGACAUGAUGUUCAUGAUGCGUCUCCCAUUUGUUCCUGGGGCUAUUGAGUGGGUUUAUCGAGAGGGGGAUGUCAAACCAAAACUUGCUGUUAGUGACCGAAAUACACCUUUUGUUCACAUAUAUGAUACUCAUUCUGGUUCAAACGAUCCAAUCAUCUCCAAAGAGAUUCAUGCUGGUCCUGUUAAAGUAAUGAAAUAUAACCAUGUGCAUGAUGUUGUGAUAUCUGCUGAUGCCAGAGGACUGUUGGAUUACUGGUCUCCAUCUACCCUCAACUUUCCAGAUCAAGAAGUGAGGUUUCGUCUGAAAACAGAUACAAAUCUAUUUGAAAUUGUAAAAUGCAAGACAAGUGUGUCUGCUAUCGAGGUGAGCAGUGAUGGAAGUCAAUUUGCUGUCACAUCCCCUGAUCGCAGGAUACGAGUAUUUUGGUUCAAAACUGGAAAACUAAGACGUGUUUAUGAUGAGUCCCUAGAGGUGGCACAAGAUCUUCAAAGAAGUGAUGUUCCAUUGUAUCACCUUGACGCUAUUGAUUUUGGGCGCCGAAUGGCCGUGGAGAAGGAACUAGAGAAAACAGAAAAUGUUCCACAACCUAAUGCCGUCUUUGAUGAGAGCUGCAACUUUCUUAUUUACGCUACUCUUUUGGGUAUAAAGAUUGUAAAUUUGCACACGAAUAAGGUUUCCCGCAUCCUGGGGAAGGUAGAGAACAAUGAGAGGUUUCUGAGAAUCGCUCUAUACCAAGGCGACAAAGGCAACAAGAAGGUUAGAAAAAUUCCUUCAGUAGCUGCCAAUGUCAAUGAUAGCAAGGAACCCUUAUCAGACCCAACUCUGCUAUGCUGCGCUUUCAAGAAGCAUCGAAUAUAUCUCUUUAGUCGUAGGGAACCUGAGGAACCUGAAGAUGCAACUAAGGGUAGAGAUGUGUUCAAUGAAAAACCGCCACCAGAAGAGCUUUUGGCUGUAUCAGAUUUAGGAAAAACUGCUACGACAUCAUUGCCCGAUAAUUUGGUGCUGCAUACUUCUAUGGGUGACAUUCACUUGAGACUAUAUCCAGAAGAGUGUCCAAAAACUGUGGAGAACUUCACUACCCAUUGCCGGAACGGUUAUUAUGACAAUCUUAUAUUUCAUCGUGUAAUUAAAGGAUUCAUGAUUCAGACUGGGGAUCCUUUGGGAGAUGGCACUGGUGGGCAAUCCAUCUGGGGCAGUGAAUUCGAAGAUGAAUUUCACAAAAGCUUGAGGCAUGACAGGCCUUUUACACUUUCCAUGGCCAAUGCGGGACCUAAUACCAAUGGUUCUCAAUUCUUCAUCACCACUGUGGCCACUCCAUGGCUGGAUAACAAGCACACAGUGUUUGGUAGAGUUGUGAAAGGGAUGGAUGUUGUCCAGCAAAUUGAGAAGGUCAAGACUGACAAGAAUGACAAACCAUAUCAAGAUGUAAAGAUCUUAAAUGUUACAGUUCCCAAGACAUAAGCUGCUGCUGAUCAGCAGGGUUGGGACAUUGCGCCUGCACUUCCUUUAGUUCCUUGGUUGGACAUUGCUUACCCGCCAAAGACAACGUGCUCGCGUUCUACAAGAAGUUAUGCAUGCUUUGGUGAAGUGAGCACGGCUUCCGCUACUAAAGACUUUGUCUUAUUGGGACCAUGCAGUUUUCAGGAUCGAUGGUGUCUCAGGAAUUAUCUGAGAACUUAACUAAGUUAUUUUCGAGUCCAGAAUCUUGGAGCGGAGUGUUUGUAUCUUUAUAACGAGGAAUUAAUCUUGCAGGGUUAAAUUGGGGGACAAACCCCCCUGGUCUUAGCUGUUUAAUUCAUGGCAACUGUAUGUGGAAGAUGUGUCCAGCUGUCCAAUGUAUAAUCAUAUUCCUUUAAGAGCUGCUGGAACGCCUUUGUAAGGUUGUCCCAUAUACAAAAUUUUUGCGAUGUUUCGGCCAAAACUUGUAGUCAGCCAUACUGGGUAGACAUUAUUUUUGUUUU